UACCACCUCAUAGAUGAGCUGACAGUGUAUGAAAAUAUAGAGACACCAUUACUUUACAAGAAGAAAAGCGGCAAUGAGCGUAAAUCUAUAGUGGCGGACCUAUUGGACAAGUUUCAGAUGGUCGCCAAAAAGGACUUAUUCCCCCAUCAGCUUUCAGGUGGGCAACAGCAGUUAGUAGGCAUAGCACGUGCAUUGGCUAUCAAUCCCAAAGUCAUCCUAGCAGAUGAACCCACCGGCAAUCUCCACUCUGUACAAGCAGAAGAAAUCAUGAGUUUAUUCAAACAAUUGAAUGAAAAAGAC